AUGUGGUGGAAUACAGAUGAUUGGUGGCCCUGUUGGAUCGGCUUACUCUUUUUUGGAUGCGUUUCGGCUGCUGUUCAGCAUGGCAUUCCUGAACCAGUGUUUCUGCCAUGGACCACAAAUCCUUUCAUGACGUUUGCAACGGUUGGCAAUUAUGGUCUCAUUGUUAUUUUUGUUGCCAUGGGAUUGUUGCUAUGGUUGUGCAUGGCAUCCACUCGAACUCAGCAUUGGAAGCAUUAUCCUCUUGGCUACUUGAUUGUCUUUUUCGUUGCCCUGAUUUCGAACAUGCUUGCAGCUAAUGAGCAAAUUAAGAAAGCAAGCAUCAACUCAUCCAUUUGGGCUAUCAUUUUCGGCUGUUGUAUCCGUAAUCUGAUCGAUUACUUAGGCCGACCACUACCACCUUCGUUGAAAAUUGCGCAACAAACCGAACUAUACAUCGCUACAAGUUUAGUGCUUUUAUGCAUUGACAUCUCAGUACUUGCACCACUCGCGCCACGUGCCCUUUUUGUUAGUUGGAUCGAUACACCAUUGUUGUUUAUGGUUGUUGCAUGGCUUGGUUGGCAGUUCAUGGGCAUUGAUCGACAAACAGCCAUCAUCCUUUCGGGUGCGACAUUUAUUUGUGGUUCAUCAGCAGCUAUUGCACUUGGCUCCAGCAUGGGCGUUCCACAUAAAACCCAAAUGCCAAUUGCCAUCAUUUCCAUUUUCACGAUUCCAAGCAUCAUUGCUUUGCCUUACAUUGGUAAAGAAAUUGGACUCAACGCACAUGCAAGUGGUGCAUGGUUUGGUGGAUGCGUCGAUUCCACUGGUGGUGUACUUGCUGCUGCAAGCAUUUAUGGUGACAAGGAUGCUAUCAAUACAUCAGCCGUUGUCAAGAUGGUCCAAAAUGUUCUCAUUGGCCCCCUGUCAGUGAUUAUGGCAUGGGGUUGGUCAAAGUACGAAUUACGCAAGGAACGUGAAGAGGAAGAGUUAUUACAAAUGUCAUCACCAUCAUCAUCAUCACGUCCAUCCAAAAAGAACAAGAUGGAUAAGCCCAUUGUAAUGCUAUGGAAACGAUUCCCCAAGUUCGUAUUGGGAUUUAUCAUUACAGCUGUACUGUUCAACACGGUCAUUGGAAGCGACCCCGACAUCCGUACCAAUAUCAACAAUUACUGCUUUUACGUCUCCGAAUGGUUUUCGACCUUAUCAUUUGUCAGCAUUGGCCUUGGACUCAAAAUCAAGGAGAUGAAGGAGAACAUUCGCCAUCUCGGAAAGCUCUGCACCUUGUAUAUCGUGGCGCAAACCGUGGAUAUUGGUAUCACUGGUCUCCUUGCAUGGGUGGCCUUUUCAUUCAUGUAA